AUGGAAGAACAAACACCCAAGCAUCGGAGCAGAACGUCGACCGAACCAACAGAGGAGAGCAUGUUGUCUGCUGAAAUACCAGAGGAGAACAAGUCGAACGAAUCGACUGUAACAGAUGAUACAACACCCCUUACAACACCAAAACAAUGGCAAGCGGAGCCUCACUACCGCCAGUCUCGCGAAGUUUGGCCUGGUCGAGGACGGUUCGUAUUGGCACAAUUUGACGAAGACAGCAUCGUAGUUUACCAGGCAUUUCGUCCCGAGAUUGCUCAGUACGCGGUCCAGCACCAGAAGUUCGAAGGGUGUCCCGCUUACAACCCCACACGAAUGACCUGGAUCAAAACGAACUUCCUGUGGAUGAUGUUCCGUGCGAAUUGGGCAUCGCGGCCCAAUCAAGAAAGGAUUCUUGCAAUCUGGUUGAAGCGAGAGGCGUUUGACGGCUAUCUAGAAAAUGCUCGCAGAAAAGGAUCAGUUCGUGGUGUCCAGGGAACGGUGCGGUUGCAGUGGGACCCUGACCACUUCCCAAACGGUGAUCGUCACCCAUAUCGAAGGGCUGUACAGCUUGGUUUGAGAGGCGUCGACACAUUUCGCGAUGGGAAGGAUAUUGUCUGGGUCGAAGACAUCACUGGUUUUGUGCAAUCACAAGCCAAGAGGGCCAAUGGCAAGGGCUCCUUGAAAGACACAGAUCUCUUGGUUGCAAAAGAAAGAGUCUACGUUCCGGGUUCUUUGCUUGCUAGCGAAGCUGUAGGGCUAACACUUGGUCCGCAUUGCUAUGCUGGGGAUCAGAUCAGGAACGCAAAGAUUAUUAAUUAUUAG